UGUAUUUGGUAAUCGUGGCUGCCUCAGUACGUUUACAGUUCUGUCAGGUUUCUUCAGAUACUCAGUUGGAUGAUGUCACAAUGGCAGCCAUACCUGUCAGCCAGACAUCCUAACAUGUCUCCAGGUCUUUCUGUUUGCUAUCUACUUCACGUUUCGACUUAUCAGUCUCUAGAUCCCCCCAUUCUACCUGCCAAAGACACAUUAAGCACAUCUCGCACCGGCAAUUUCGAUGGGUUCAAGAUCACAGUCCCUUAUUUUGGAGUGGUUGAGAAUGAUCGAAGACGAGCCUGUGCCAUCUGAAAUCCCUGAAUGGUCGUACCCAAGCCGUAAUUUCCCCAAAGUUCAAGACCUUUAUGGUAAACUACCGGGCAUCGAAGACCAACUAAGGAGAUCAACAUCAGUGAAAGAGGGCGGGACUAACUUACCACACCUUGGCCUCCCACCCCAGAAAGUCGCACAUGUGCCACACGCCCAAGGAACAGCACUGGAGACGUAUAAGAAAGAGCACAUGAAUGAUAAUUUCCACGCCUCUAAUGUGGCUCGGGGUCGAUUGACCGUGAGUUAAGAAAGACGAGCCAAC